UUUUUCUCUUACCUGGUUCUGUAUGCACAGUGUGUAUUUCUAAUAUGGUGCUAAAAUAAACUACCGAUUACCUCUGUAUUAGUCUUUCGUUCGCAUAUGUGUUAUUCCUAAUAUGUGUCGCAUAUGUGUUAAUCCUAACCCUCACAUGACUAUGUCACCAAAAAAUUACUUCAUUACGACGCCACAAUAGCGUAAAGAAUACCUCCAAAGUGUACCGAUGGUAUGAGAGACUGCUGGCGUUAAUGAGAACGGUAUCGUCGGCGCAGAUGCCAUCUCGGACGAUGAUAGCUAUACCUGCCAAGCUCUGCAACGUGAUUGUGACGUUAUUUUGGAUGACAUAGUCAGGAAUAACACAUACAAAAUUUGUUAUGCUACGCCUACCACAAGUACUUGUGGUACUAAACUAUACUAGACCCCAAAAUUUAAUUAAUUACACUGAACGAAUUCAAAUAAUUUAUACCGAUAUAUGUGAUUACUUAGCAGAAAUGUUUCAUUUCAUGGCAAAGGUACACAUUGAAGAUAUAACUGACAUUAAUUUACUUCGAUUUCCCAAGUUAAGAAAACAAUCAAUCAUAUUAAAUUUGAAGAGUACUGCAUAAUAUUUUUACCACUAUGACUAAAAUACACUCUGAUGCGAUUUCUGCACUUCUGAGACUGGAUAUGCCUCAUUUCUCUCUUUUUUUCAGAGCUUUUAUAUUCAUAUAUAAAUAUAUUUACUGUUUCAACCCUCAUUUCUAUAUUUAGAUUCUAUGAAUUUUACGAAAAUAAAACAACAACAUGUUGUUACAAAAUAGCCGUCACAUUCAAUCGUACGUGUAUUUUCAAAAUUCAUUUCGCUUCAUCAGUGGAUACAAGAAUAAUCCAGAGAAUAUUCGAAUUGAUAAACAUCCAUCCAAUGUUACAGAAGAAGACUUGGAACAUCAGCGAAUCAAACUUGCUAUUGCUAGAAAAGCAAAACCAAAGAUCUCUGGAUUUAACAAGAUUACUUACAUGAGGUUGUUCAAACAGGCUGAAGGACUAGACCCCAAUGCACAAUACAGGAACAGGCCUGAUCAUCCGACUUACAGAAGCAUUAAACGAUAUUUGGAAACUGCGGAGCGUGAACGGAGAAAACAAAGAGAUGAGGGAGUGUGGUGGAAAACACUGGAUUACUGGAUAAAAGAACGGGAAGGAAUGAAUGAUAAACUGAAUGAUAUUGGACAUGAACUGCUGAAAGAAAAAGGGGGUUAUAAAAUCAGGAGUAAAAAUAAAAUCGACCCUGAGUUGGAAAAGGCAGCGAGAGAAAGAACUCUAAUACUAGAUUGUGAUGAAAUUCUUUGUGAAUGGGAGAAAAGUAAUAUCGGGAUUCGUCAUAUUAAAGAAAUUGCACAUUACUAUAAUAUUUAUAAAGAUCUUUUCAAGGAUUGUGAUUUUCAUCCUGUUUUACAUAUGGAUGUGGAUUACGAAUGUGAAAAUGAACUUUCAAAUCCUGUGUUUUACGGUAACGAGUUGCUGCCAAGUGAAGUCGCGUCAGCUCCUACGAUUACAUUUCAACCAAAAGCUGAUAAAUUGUACACAUUGCUCCUGACUAACCCAGAUGAGCAUUUAGAGGACAAUGAUAAAGAAUAUGUCCACUGGCUUGUUGGGAAUAUUCCAGGAGGUGAUGUGUUGAAAGGGAAUACUAUAGUCGAUUAUUUACAACCCAUUCCAGCUCGCGGCACGGGUUAUCAACGCAUGAUUUUCGUACUGUUCGAACAGUCUGACAAAAUUGAUUUUAUUUCAGAACAAAGAGAAGCGCCAUGUACUUUACUACGAGAACGUGAUUUUUCAACUUUUGAGUUUUAUAAUAAACACAGUGCUCAAAUAACUCCAGUAUCUUUACGAUUUUUUCAAUGCAAAUGGGAUUUUACUGUAAAGAACACUUUUCAUCAUGUGUUAAAAAUGAAAGAACCAGUAUAUGAAUACGAAAAACUCAGCGAAAGGGAGCGACUUAGUGCUCUUACAAAUAGACCCGAUGGAAAAACACUUCAAUGGCUUGCAAGGUUUAUGCCAAAAGAAAUGGUUUAUCCCGAUGGUAGUCCAGAGGCUGAGAAACUAAAACGGCAAGCUGCCCAAGACGCCUCUCGUGCAGUUGAAAACCCAAACCAUUCUCGGAGGCGCCUUGUUGAUCCUGUGUAUGUGAUGGGCAGAAUAUGAGACAACCCAGAAGAAAAUAGACAAUGUUUAAUAAUUAUAAUUAAAUAGUUGAUAUUCAAACGAAGUAAUAGUGUUACCACCUGACUGGUAUGUUUUAUGUAUCUCCACUGAGUUGUGAGGGGCAGAAUAUGGGAUAAAAACCCUGGAAAAAAAUACAAAUACGAUGUUUAAUUAAUAAUCAAAUUUCAAGUCUAUUCAAACUAAGCAAGUGUUACCACUUGACUGGUAUGUUUUAUGUUGACAUAAAUUUCCACCAAGUUCAGUAUCGUUAUGUUCGGAACUCCAUAAUAUUCGGUGUUUUUUACAUAAAAAUUGUAAAGAUGGUAUCGAUAUCAAUGAAAUAGAUCAUUUAUGGCUAAUGUAACCAAUUUGUAAAUGUUUACAGUAAAGAAAGAUCAACUUAGUUUGGCUGAAUAUCCACAUCUUGCUUAUGUUUAAAUUUUAUUAAAAUACUGUUUAUUGAAAAGUGCUGUGUAUUAUUUUGUAAUGCAGAAUGUCACAUGAAAA